GACUAUCCCGAUAAUCAAACGACAAUUUUAACAGCACCCUUGACAUCAACUCAGCGUCGCCGGUUAGUCAAAUAUCCAUCGGAUCCGGCCUUAUUUUCUGGUAGGCUCGACUGAAACAAAACGCGAUGCUCUCUCAAUAUUAUUUUAUUACAGGUACCAAUGAUGCAGUUGGAAGUCAAUAUCGAGAUAAACAAUUUGCAGUAAACAAUUUGAAUAGUGUAGACGUCUCCUCCCCAACAUCGAUAACACGAAGUUCAAUUGUUUGUGAUCAAACAUCGAUCACAAUUCAUAGUCCAACUGGUCCCUUACGCUCCAGUCUGUCGGAAUUACUCUUGGACAAAACCCCAUUACUAACUUCAACAGAUAAAUCGUUGGCUGCUAUCGAAGCAAUCGUGGAAAAACAUUUUACUCCACCAAAGGCGACAACCACGAAGAAGCGUCUGAUAUCAGGGAUAAACGGCAAAAGUGUAACAGAUUUAGAUGAGUAUGCUCUAAUCGCAAUCAAACAGAAAAUGAAGAACGAUAAGCAGUCGAAAAAAGCCACAACAACACCCACCACCAAGAAAGCAACAAAAAGACGAAAACAGCACACGUCGUUCGAUGUGUUGGCAGAAAAUUCAAAUGAUGUCGACAUGCAAUCCACUGGUGAUCAAACCGUUUCAUUGGUGCAACCGCCCACUGAUUUUACAAUGGCAUUCUCACCGCAGCCAAAUAAUCAGUCGUUUCAGCCAUUACAACAUUUAUCAUCGUUACCUACGCAACAAUGUCAACAGUGUAUCAGAGCAAUAUGGCCUUGGGAUGUCAUUGGAAAUUGUAAUCAAUGUAAUGGUGUUCUAUGUUGGGUUUGUGUAGGUAUCAGCGGUAGCACAUAUCAUCUUUGCAACUCAUGUCGAAAUGACUACAUAUACCAACAGCAAUUAUAUGCGAAUAAUCAACAAUAAUGAACAGUGUGAACAAGCAAAAUGUGCAUAGCUGAUGAACAGAUUCAUUUUCUCUCUCCU